CUUUGCUGUUAGUAAACAUUAAACACGGAACAUGCUAAAUGUGGGCUAGCAUGGGUCCACGGCUGAGUGUUGUGAGACAGCUCAUCAAACGUUUUGUUAAACCUGUGCUUUAGUUGGCGGAAUACUGAUGAAGUUGCGAAACCACUGUUUCCUAUUUUUUCGGGUUUAAGAAUAGUUAUAAGAAUGAAGCUAGACCGAUAGAUGUUAGCUGUGGCGCUAACAUUAGCUUUGUGACAGGACUGUGGGUCUUCUGCACUUUACCCCUCAACUUAAAUACAAAUUAUAAACAGUACAGCUCCGUCUACUAUUGCCAGAAAGCAAUCGGUUAGGCGCUACCAUGCACAUCAAAGAGAAAACUAUAUCUAUUUUAAAGCAGUUUGACAUCGGGGAAAAGUUCUCUGAUCUACCUGCGCUGCCCAAAGCCUCAGUGCUGAUCCCUCUGUUCGUGAGAAGAGGAGAGCUGCACACCUUGUUGACCCUCCGAUCAAAAGAGCUGAGGAGCGGCGCUGGUGAGGUUUGUUUCCCAGGUGGAAAGAGAGACCCCAGCGACCGGGAUGAUGUUGACACAGCUCUGAGAGAGGCUCAGGAGGAGAUAGGUCUGCCGCCUGAUCAGGUCCAGGUGGUCUGCACACUCUUCCCAGUCAUAAGUAAGAGCGGUCUGUUGGUGACUCCGAUUGUUGGCUUCAUAGAUGAAGCUUUUAGUCCCAGUCCAAAUCCAGCAGAGGUCAGCGCAGUGUUCACCGUCCCACUCGACUUUUUCACCAGAGAGAAGGACCACCAUGGUGACUUUCGGCAUUUUCAUUCAUUCCAUUUUUUGGACCCCGAUUCAGGAAUCCAGCAUCACAUCUGGGGACUGACUGCCGUUCUGGCCAUAAUGGUUGCUGCCUUGGCGCUCAAGAGAAAACCAGAGUUUGAUAUUGGGUUUGAUUCUGAGAAUCCGUUGUCCUUCUUUCAGCAGAUUUUACAUCAAAAGAUCAGCAAACUAUGAACUUUACCUAAAAAUGUGAAGGGUUUGUGUGAAACUAUAUACUCUUAUGAGGGUAGAAAUAAUUUACUAAACAAUGAUUAUUUUAAUUAUAUUCAGUUUUCUUCUGCUGCUCGUGCACAGUGUGAUAGUUUCUGAUCCUGUGGACCAAAACCACCUCAUGCUUGAGCCGUCUCCCUCUUACACUCGAUUAAAAAAAGCUGGUCUCCAUCAGACUUUGUGAAUCAUGUAUUUCAGUAAACAUCUAAAACAGGCAGAGCUGUUUUCCACCGGGGACUUGUUCACGAUAAGUGUGUUUGUAAUAGUGCAAUCUGAAAUGUCACUUCUUUGUAAUGUUUGUUUGAAAAUAUGAAUAUAAACUGGUUUACGCACAGAGCCUUGUGUUUACUCUUCAAACACUAACUCAUCAGAAAAAAAGCCCAACAAGACUUGUUUUUUUUAAAUCAAUUCAUUUAUUGUAGCAGCAGGAUUACAGAUAUAAACAAAAGAGUAUACAAAUGUCCAGACAAAGGCAAAAUACAUGUUAAUAAUAGUUCAGAUGUAUGAUAACACGUUGGGGUUGACCUUUAUCCCUACUGCAGGGUCUUAAGGCUAGAUACUAAAGCUCAAGCUACACAGAACGGAUACAACAGAACUGUUGGAGAAUGUGAAAUAGAAAGCGAACUAGGUAAAAGUGAGCAAACUGAUUACACACAAGAUACAGCUCACACUAUUGGCAAUUAACAGUUAAUUUAUCAUGGUUGCCCCUUUUGAUCAAGCAUUUCACAGCAACAAUAGUAAUGUUGACAAAGCACAUCAACACAAGAAAGUUCUCCGAUAAACAAUCUCCACGGUCUUGUCCCUUUUACCUCACAUGUACGAAUCUCAUGAGGCAUGAAAAAAACAAAAACAAAAAACAUUUUCAAUAGAAAACAAACAAGAUGACGAUUCACUGGUGAAGCUGCACAAUUUCAUGUUGGGAGUAAGUCACUCGGAUAUCUUGCAACGGAUCGAGAAAACGUUAACGCUAAAAUAUAUUAGUUCAAACUAUGGUUAUGCUCGCGUUGAUAAAAUUUGAAAAAAAAAAAAAAAAAAAAAAUCAAAACCACUGAAAAGUGUCCUGAUGUUAAAACAGUCCUAGAGAAUAAAAAGGACAAGGAGCAAUGACACAAAAGGGACACCAGUAAACACAGCAGAGCAACGGUUAAGUUAUCAAGGCACACAAAGUUCUGAUGAAAGCAUCACAAUUGAAAUUCAAGAUACCCCUGCAGUAUAUUUCACAUUUAAAUAUACAUGGAUAUUCAUUUUACAUGACAGGACAAAAACGAUAUUACCGAAAGAUCUGUGUGCUCUCUUCAACCCUCCUUUAAAAUCAACUUUAUUCUUCUCUUUUUCUUUUUUUUUUUAAGGUGGAAGUGGCUUAUUAGAAGAGUCAGACCGAAACGUCUUGGUUUGCUCAAAUGAAAGGGCCGGACGUGAUAA